AUGGCGAUGAGCCUGAGCCUCGGCCGAGCCUUUGGCCUGGCGGAGAGCUCUGAAGCGCGGGCUGCGUCGAGAAGACGGUCGCGGAACACGUUGAUCUCGGCCUGUAGCAACCUCUCCACGGCCUACAAUCUUGUGAACAUCAACCUCGCCCACGUCAUCAUGGAGAAUGAGUACUGCGGCGGCGAUAACUGCAAGUCGCAGGUCACAGCCGCGGGCACCGCCUGCCUCGUGGGGUCCAUCCUGGGGCAGCUCGCCUUCGGCUACAUCGGCGACUGCAUAGGGCGCUCUCGGGCGCUGAGCCUGACGAUGGCGCUCUCCAUCCUCGGCGCCCUGGUGUCUGCCUUCGCGGUGCCUGUGGGCGAUGCCGAGAGCAGCGUGUUCACCUUUCUCAGCCUGAGUCGCCUCGUGCUUGGCGUGGGCGUCGGUGGCGUCUACCCGCUGGCGGCCACCAUCGCUGCAGAGAGUUCCGACGCCGCGAAUCGGGGCCGAUCGACGGCUUUGGUGUUCUCGAUGCAGGGCGUCGGUACCCUGCUGGUCCCACUCGUGGGGAUGGUCUUCUUGUACAGUUUUGGGACGUACGAGCAUCGUAAGACAGAGGACUUGCCAAUGCCAGACAUCUCCUGGCGGCUCAUGCUGGGCGUAGGGGCACUGCCAGGAAUCCUUCUGAUACCCUUCAAGACAGUACCUCCGGACUCACAGAACCGGUUACAUAUAGUGCAGAGCCCAGAGUCUUUCAACUCGCAGAUCACAGUAACGCGAGUAUUGCGCAAUCGAAGGUACUGGCCGAAGAUCAUCGGAUGUGCUGGUGGCUGGUUUCUUUUUGACAUCACGUUCUACGGCAAUACCCUCUUUGCCCCGACUGUCCUCAAGAACGUAUUCCACACAAGUGGAGGGCUGACGCCCGUAAUCGGAGACGGACUGCCAAAUAAUCUUUGCUUGCAGCUAACGAUACUUGCCCUGAUUGGAUUGCCGGGCUAUUAUGUUUCUGUCUAUUUCAUGGACAGCAUGGGGCGCAAGAACAUCCAGAUGCAAGGAUUUGUCGUCAUGGCGGUGCUGUAUGCCAGCCUCGGGGUCUUCGUCGAUGACCUCAAGAACAGCGCCGGUCUUCUUCUGACGCUCUACGGCCUCACGUACUUCUCCAGCAACUUUGGGCCCAACAGCACCACUUUCAUCCUGCCGUCUGAGACAUUUCCUCGUGAGGUUCGCACCUCCCUCAACGGCUUCUGCGCCACCAGGCAAGCUGGGUGCCGUUCUGGGCUCCUCGUGCUUCAAGCCGCUGUCGGACUCGUACGGCAACUCCGUGGCUUUCUACAUGUGUGCGGUGUGCGCCGGCGUCGGCUUCUUCGUGACGCUCUUCUUCGUGGAAGAUCGGCGCGGCCUCGCAAUGGAAGAGGAGGAGACCCCCGACGCCGGCCUCGUCGCGGGCCGCGCGGCCGGCGGGGGCGGCGCGAUCUGAGGGCGGGCGGCGGGCGCUCGCCGCCGGGGCGGCGGCCCCCCCCCCUCCGUGCCCUUCCCUCUCCCUCCACCCCCUUGUGGGCGCCGCCAAUGCAUGCCGCGAUGCACGUUUUUGGCGCCCACGCAGCGAGCCACUCGGGUGCCAGAUCCCCUGAGGCCAUGGCCUCGCCCGCUCGGUCGCAGUUGCGCCUGGGCGGUUGUCCGCAGAGGUGCUCGUUUGUUGGCUCCCCUGCAUUGUCACUAGGCCGCCGCGUCGCCCUGCGCCCUUCUCGCGCGCGCCGCUGGCUUCUGCCCGCGGCCGCCUUCUGA